AUGGAACCUGACGAUGCCUUCCUUGAUGCUUUUCUUGACGCGUGCUUCGCCGGUGAACUGUUAAAGACCCAGGAAGCCCUCGCCAGCGGACGACUAACCACUGAUGACCUUAAUGACGGACUCUCUCUCGCCACCCAUAUGGCCCACCCUGAAGUUGUGGCUGCGCUCUUUAACGCUGGCGCUAGUGUCUCACCUUGGACAGUGGAUUCUCUUCCUGGAGGGGAUGAGGUGCCGCAGCACCCGAGAAUUGUUCGCCACUUCCUCAAUCAUGGCCUUGAUCCCAACUCGAGGUGUUCUAACGGCGAGCCUGUCCUAUCCCUUCUACAUAAUCCCGCAUGUGCUCGUGAAUUACUCUUACAAGGUGCUGACCCCAACCUUACCAACUCAAGGGGAAUAACCCCCCUCAUCCGCGCUAUUGUGAGCACGCAUGAAGCAGAUAUAUCCCUGCCUGAGCUGCUUCUCGCACAUGGGGCCAAGCUAGAAUCAGAUCUCCUCUUUACCGCCCUAGGUCCACGCAAUGGGGCACCCCCUGCACUCUGCUGUCUACUCUUACAAGCCACAUCUUGUUAA